AUGGUGGUCUGCAAGUUCUACGAACAGGGGAACUGCAGGUAUGGACAAAACUGCCGGUUCGAGCACCCGAGAUCACAAUCGAACAACCGCUAUGCCGCCUUUGGCCAGACUUCGGGAGGAGGAGGAGGAGGGGGAUUCAACCGUGGCGGCAGCGAUGCGCUGCCAUAUCAGCUAUCGAGAGAGGCCAUUGAGAAGGACCUGACGUCGGAGGCGCCGCAAUGGAUCUUGUCAGCCUACGGACCGGGUAGGGAUGCGCCGGAACAGCUCUUUGGAGGCCCCAUGCGUGAGCAGAGCUUCGAAGAGAUGAGGCUUCUUCACCUCAUGGCCACGGCUGCGGGAAAUCCCCAGCAAGCGCUCAGCCAAGCGCAGGAGAUAUACCAGCAAGCACAGCAGCAGAUGAAGACAGCCGUCGAUAACCUCGACGGCGCCAUCCAGUUCAUCGUCUCGGCCGACCAGAAGCACCCCAACAGGAUAGAUAUCUGCAAGCAAGGUACACAACCGGGUGGCACGACAGGGGUGUUUGCAGUCGGAAGGAGGACGACCAAUUCACUCGGCCAGCAGAACCCCUUCUCGUCCAACUCAUCCUCCGCCGCGACGUCAAACCCAUUCGGCAGUAACCAGCCAGCCUCUUCGCCGUUUGGUGGCGCCUCCAACACCGCAGCGGCGUCGGGAAGCGCGUUCGGUCAGCCGGCUGCACUGGGACAGCGCCCGAACCCCUUCGGCUCGCCUGCCUUUGGUCAGCCUUCGCAGCCGUCGCAAUCCAGUGGAUCGGCCUUUGGCCAGCCAUCACAACCUUCCUCGGCAUUCGGUGCCCCGAGCCAGAGCUCGGCUCCGGCUUUUGGGCAACCGUCCCAGCCCACGUCUGCGUUCGGACAACCCAGCGCGCUCGGGGGUGGCACAUCGGCUUUCGGUCAAGCGUCAUCCUUGGGCCAGAAGCCGAGCCCUUUUGGAGCGCCUGCCUUUGGACAGUCUGCGCAACCCGGCGGCGGUACCACCGGCAGCGCGUUCGGCCAGCCAUCGCAGCCUGGUAGUACCGGCAGCGCUUUUGGCCAAGCAAGCUCGCUGGGGCAGAAGCCGAAUCCCUUUGGCGGCGCGGCAAGCGGAGCCAGCCCCUUUGCAAGCGCCGCCGCCGGUGGUAACACAGCCAGUCCCUUUGGUCAGCCGUCGCAGAACACGGCAAGCCCCAGCCCGUUUGGACAAACAGCACAAAACCCGGCGCAGAGUGCCAGUCCGUUUGGCGGCCCCGCGCAAUCGAGCGCAAGUCCGUUUGGACAGCCGUCGCAGACGGCGGCACCUAGUGCUUUCGGGCAGCCGUCUCAGACAGCGUCGGCCAGCCCGUUCGGCCAACCAGCUCAGACUCAACCGGCGGCGAACAGUCCCUUCGGCGCGAAGCCAGACGCCCAGCCCAGCGCAUUCGGAUCCGUGUCGAUGGUGGCUCAGCCAACACAGCCUGCGCAACCAACCGGUGCUUUUGGCCAGCCGGCCCAGCUCGGUCAGAAACCCAACCCGUUCGGCCAGAAUAGCGCCUCGCCCUUUGGCCAGCCUGCGGGCGGCCUGGGCGGGGGAGGGGGAGGAGCAGCAGCAGCGAACCCGUUCGGCACACAGCCCGCCGCGCCGGCCGCCCAACAAGCGCCGGGGGCGCCUGGGAGCGGACCGUACCCGCCGGGGAGCUCGAGGCAGCACCCGCCCGUGUCGAGCUACAGUGCCAAGGGCAUGGACGGGCGGCUGUCCAACUGGAAGGGAAAGCCCGUCACGUACCAGAACAACCUGCCCGGGGUGCGGGCGUUCAAUGGCGCGUGGACGAGGAUCUGGUUCCCCGACGGCCCGCCCAACUACUACAAAGACACGGAGCUGCCGGACGAGGCGUACGACGACGGGUCGAGGCAACAGUGGCAGGCGUUUGCGCAGACGGGCAAGUUCGAGGGGCUGAUGCCUGAGUUGCCGCCAAAGCGGGAGUUUUGCCUCUGGGAUCUGUAA